ACUAUAGGUAAGAGCUGGGUAUAUGUGCAGGUUUUUCUUACUUAACCUCCGUUCGACAGAUGAACACACUGAACCCCUGGUUAGCUGUGUUAAAGAGCUGAAGACUAGUCGGUCUAACAAACCCCAGGGGCCAUAUAAAACCUUAGAGCUGGUGGCUCGUCUCAAUGAAACGACCUUAAGGUGGGUGUGACUGCCCUAAAUCACUAUAAUUUAUCAUCUGCGGCUCUGUGGUCCUCAGAGCCAAGCCGGUCGGUCCCGCCCCGGCCCACGCCCCAGGGAAGGGGCGGUCCGACGCCGGAGCAGCUCGCUCUUCCGCGGGCAGCGAUACGCAAAGAUGGCGCCGUCUCACGUAUUAAGAUGCUGCCAGCGGGUCCUUGCCUGGAUCCCUGUCGCCUUUAUCACCAUGGUGGUCUGCUGGUCCUACUACGCCUACGUGGUGGAGCUAUGUGUCUUCACAAUCCCAAACAUUGGAGAGCAAAUCAUCUACCUGACUGUGUUCCACUUCUCCUUCUUCAUGUUUGUGUGGUCCUACUGGAAGACCAUCUUCACUAGGCCAUCUAGCCCGACCAAAGAGUUCAGUCUCUCCAAAGUGGAUAAGGAGCAGUAUGAGAGAGCAGAGCGGCCUGAGACUCAGCAGGAAAUUCUGAAGAGAGCAGCCAGAGAACUUCCCAUCUACACCCGCACUGGCAGCGGAGGAAUCCGCUACUGUGACCGGUGCCAGGUGAUCAAACCGGAUAGGUGUCACCACUGCUCUGCCUGUGACAUGUGCGUGCUGAAGAUGGACCAUCACUGUCCCUGGGUCAAUAACUGUGUGGGUUUCUCCAACUACAAGUUCUUCAUCCUUUUCCUGGCCUAUGCGCUUGUGUACUGCCUCUUCAUCGCCACCACUGUGCUGCAGUAUUUCAUUAAGUUCUGGACGAAUGAGCUGCCUGACACUCACGCCAAGUUCCACGUCCUCUUCCUCUUCUUCGUGGCGGCCAUGUUCUUCAUCAGCAUCCUGUCACUCUUCAGCUAUCACCUCUGGCUGGUGGGGAAGAACCGCUCCACCAUAGAGGCCUUCCGGGCUCCUGUCUUCAGCAACGGGCCUGAUAAGAACGGUUUCUCUCUGGGCUUCAGAAAGAACGUGACUCAGGUGUUUGGAGACCAGGGCAGGUUAUGGCUCCUGCCCUUCUUCACCAGUUUGGGAGAUGGCUACACGUUCCCAACCCGCCUGGUAACAGCCGACCCAGAGCAGGCCACAGCCGUCCUUCACACCAGUGCCAAUCCAGGAUGUGAUGAUGUCAUCCACACCUUCAGUGAAUCGCAGAACCAACUCCUCAACAACCACUCCAAUGAGAACCACCUGGAGCCCAACGGAGUCAAAACGGGUGGCCAUGAGUCCGUCACAGUGUCUUUGGAGAAGGAGUUGUAACCAGGGCUGGUGGGAGCGGGGAGGACAUCUUGCCCAUAUAAAGGGUGGGAACCUGCCAAGGCACACAGCCGUCCAAUCAGAUGCCUUAACUGUGUUUGGGUGGAUACCUGUCGCCAUGGGAACACCUACCAGAAAAUGGGCGGGCCCACUGGUCCCCUGUGCCCCUCCUCCAUCAGGCACUCAUACGAAUUUACAUUGUUUCUUACUAAAGGAGGACCAAGGAUUUUAAAACAUCUAUUUUAACCAACUUUUCUGUGCAUUUUAGUGUAACAUGGCUUUUGAUGUAACAUGCUUUAAUUUCAAACCAAAAGAGACUGUCCUUUUUCCCCGAGAAGCUGGGGGGGUCUGCAAGCUGAACAGUGAAUGGCUUAAAGGAGGGGUGUAGCAGGGUGAUGUUUUUGACUUUGGGUACGGGUAUCCUCCUAUUGGCUAAUCUAUCUGUUAAUGGAUGCCCUGCAUUUACUGUAAGAAGGUCUGCCGGACUCUAGGGGGAAGUGUGGAGCUCCUCUGCACAGCACCAUCCUGUUUGAAGAGCCCAAGGCGGAUGGAGUUGAAUGAGAAUCGUCUGAAGAGGAAUCAGUAUGGGCAACCACAGCUGCCAUCUUGACAGGUCACUGUGGAAAUGCAUUGUGGGUGGGGACUUAAUAAGCUCAACCCGCGCUGCUACAGACCAGUGCCAUGGACACCUUCUUCUUGCCUCAAUUGCCCAUGAUUCUUUGUCCCAUUGUUUUUAAUUAGGAUUUUUAAGUGCAUCUGAAGCGCCAUCCCGGCCGGCGCCUGCCAUGCCUCGUACAGAACUGUGGGUACGCAUCUCUGUUUACACACUAAAGCAGACUGCAGACAGGCAGUGUCCACCCCACAGGCUGCUUGCUCAAGAGCACCCCCAACUGAAGGAGGUUCUGUAUGCUUUACAAAGGCGAGGUUGUUUACAUUCAUUCAGAUGCUGCUUGUCUCGUCAGUCUGGCUUCUCUGGUUAAUAAGCCAAUGCCCUCUCCCACACUCUGCUGUGAUUGACCCGUCCUCAGCUUACAUCCGUGUGAACUGCUGCUGAUUGGUCCAGAACAGUGUGAUCCAUCACUACGUUGUUGAGUUUGGACAUGUGCUCAGAAUGACCCAGCAGACAUCUACACAUUUACUCAGUGCUCCUCCAGCACAGAGCUUUGCCACGGUGAUGAUACGGGCCUUUUCUGUCAGAUAUCCCUUUGGAGUGUAAUGUGCUCUAUGGUCACCAGGGGGAGACAGUUGCCUUUCUCUCCCCCCUCGAGUCAAUUGGUGGUGAUGGUCUCGCAUGCUUUGUGUUCACUCUGGGCUAAUGGCAGCAGGUCCAGUUCCCAUGUGGGCUUCAAGGUUAAGGAAUGGCAAUUCUCUAAAGAGCUGGGGUGCGUGUCUAAUCAAUGUAAAAAACAUAUUUGCAGGUUAGUGUUCAGUAUUAGCACUCGCUGAGCGUUUUUGGUGACCUUUAUCCUGCUUUGGCUAUUUCGUGUCCAGGAAGGAAAUCUGCUGUGAUUGUUUGUUGCCUUGUGUGAGAAUGCUCCAUGCCCUCAGCGGUGCCCCACCCCCAAGAAUGACUCGCGCCCAGUGCAGGUGACUCUCCGAUGGACAAUCCCAUCUCGGCAGCCCUACAAGAGCUCUCUGCGUGUUUGAGUGCACCAUCACGCAUGACUUCUGCUGGGCGUAAUCGACCCUUUAGGCUGGAAAAUGUUUUUCCCCUUUAGUGAUUUUUCUGUCUGGGAUUGUCCCUCGCAAAGCUCUGCGUUGCGUAACAACUAAGUGAUGCAGGGUAUCAUGCCAUAGCACCAAAGUCGCUCCGCAGAUGAUGUCUGUAAACCCCCCCCCCCCCUCCCACUACACUGACUGGGCCCCGCUUCGCAUGUAUGGUGUAAUAUCUUUGUAUCCUAGUUAAAAUGCAAAUUACCUUUUAAUGUGCUGUUUCUCAAUACACAGUGCUGUCAUCAAACUC